UAUAAAAGACAACGCUACAUAUGAGUUUUUGGAUCAUUCGAGUUCAUUAUUUCAUUUUUUCCUGCAAGUUUUCUCUGUUCAAUUUUCUUUCUACACUUCUUAAUUAUUCAGAUUCAAAUCUGCUUUGACUCGUAAAAAUAUAUAUAUUUUCUUACAACGGAUCUUCAAUUCUAGGACCAUCAAAAUGGCUAGUAAUGAUGUAAAAGAACCCUUGCUUCAACAACAAAUUGAUUCCAUUCCUAAUUCCCAAUCAAGGAGGAGAACAGACACACCAAAGAGAAAAAGAUUUAGGCGUUGUAAAAGCGCGCCUAUGGUGGAUUUUGUUCCCUUAGAUAGGCUAGGCACAACAACAGACUCAAUUCCAAAAUCCAAUUUCAUGUUCUUGAUUGGACCCCCAAGUUUCUUCAAAGUCAUCAUCUUCCUGUGUUUCUACUUAGGUGUAGGAACGAUUUUCUUCUACGUCGUGAGAAACCAGCUCGAUGGAAAGAAGACUGAUGGAGUUCUUGAUGCUGUUUACUUCUGCAUUGUCACAAUGACCACUGUUGGAUAUGGUGACUUGGUACCGAGCAGCAAUGCUGCAAAGCUACUUGCUUGCGCGUUUGUUUUCACUGGAAUGGCUUUAGUUGGUUUGACACUUAGUAAAGCAGCAGACUAUUUGGUUGAAAAGCAAGAAACUUUGCUUGUGAAAACAUUGAACAUGAGAAGAAAAGAUCAGGCUGAGGUUCUAAAAGAGGCUCAGACUAACCGAACGAAAUACAAAUGUAUUCUGGUGUUUAUAGCUCUUCUGGUGCUUAUGACUUGUGGAACAGUUUUUCUAAUCACUGUUGAGAAAUUGGCUCCUGUGGAUGCAUUUUAUUGUGUGUGUUCUACCAUUACAACUUUGGGGUAUGGAGAUAAGAGCUUUUCAACUAAAGGAGGGCGUGUGUUCGCGAUAUUUUGGAUCUUGAUAAGUACCAUUUGCUUGGCUCAGUUUUUUCUAUACAUUGCUGAACUUUUCACUGAGAGUAGACAGAGGGCUUUGGUUCAUUUGGUUCUUACUCGUCGGAUGACUAAUGUAGACUUAGAGGCUGCUGAUCUUGAUGAUGAUGGUAUCGUCGGGGCUGCAGAGUUUGUGAUAUAUAAAUUGAAAGAGAUGGGAAAGAUCAGUCAAGAUGAUGUGUCACAAAUAAUGGAGGAGUUUGAUGAGCUUGAUGUUGAUCAAUCAGGAACUUUGUCAGCCUGUGAUAUAAAUCUAGCUCAAUCCUCACCACCUCAUCACACAAAUAACAAUUAACUUGUUUUGAUUUCAUUCUUCAUUUGUUAAAAAUCUCAAUAUAUCUAUAUAAUAAUGUACAUAUUGAUUGAGUGGUAACAUGAGGACAAGUGUUUUGUACAUUAAAGUUAUAAAUUUUGAAUUAAGAUUUA